CGGAGGGCGGGCGGGCGGGCGGCGCGGGAGGGCGGGGGCCGCUCCGCGACGCUGCGGACCGCGCUUCUCCUCUGAGCGGCGGCGCGCGCAGCUGUGGGGCGCCGAGGGCCAGCCCGUCCAUGACCAUGGGCGACAAGAAGAGCCCGACCAGGCCAAAAAGACAAGCGAAACCUGCUGCAGACGAAGGCUUUUGGGAUUGUAGCGUCUGCACCUUCAGGAACAGCGCCGAAGCCUUUAAAUGCAGCAUCUGCGACGUGCGGAAAGGCACCUCCACCAGGAAACCUCGCAUCAAUUCCCAGCUGGUGGCACAGCAAGUGGCACAACAGUAUGCUACUCCACCUCCCCCUAAGAAGGAGAAGAAGGAGAAGGUGGAAAAGCCUGACAAAGAGAAACCUGAGAAAGAUAAGGACAUCAGCCCCAGUGUCACCAAGAAAAACACCAACAAGAAAACAAAACCAAAGUCUGAUAUUUUGAAAGAUCCUCCUAGUGAAGCUAACAGUAUACAGUCUGCUAACGCUACAACAAAGACCAGCGAAACGAAUCACACCUCAAGGCCCCGGCUGAAGAACGUGGACAGGAGCACCGCACAGCAGUUGGCUGUAACUGUGGGCAAUGUCACAGUCAUUAUCACAGACUUUAAGGAAAAGACUCGAUCCUCCUCUACAUCCUCCUCCACAGUGACCUCCAGUGCAGGGUCAGAACAGCAGAACCAGAGCAGCUCGGGGUCAGAGAGCACAGACAAAGGCUCCUCCCGCUCCUCCACGCCAAAGGGCGACAUGUCAGCAGUAAAUGAUGAAUCUUUCUGAAAUUGCACAUGGAAUUGUGAAACUAUGAAUCAGGGUAUGAGAUUCAAGCCCUCCACCUGCCCAUGCUGCUUGCACCCUGGAGAGUCUUCUGUGGACGACCUUGUAGUGAUGCUACCAGGAGAGGUUCUACUUGCCGUGGGCACCUGGCUACCAAGGAAUUUCGUACCCUGACAGUUACUCUUGACACUUUUAUGUAUUCCAUUGUUUUAUAUGAUUUUCCUAACAAUCAUUUAUAAUUGGAUGUGCUCCUGAAUCUACUUUUUAUAUAAAAAAAUCUGCUGUGCACAAUUUUCCAUGUA